UACAAAUUACAACAAACAAAAAUACAUAAACAUACUUAAGUAAUCAUUACAAGCAACACUCAAGAACAUGGAGGAGAAGAGCAAGAACAAGAUCAGUGAAGAAGAAAAACAGCUCCACGAGAGGCCAGGACGACCAAAAGGAGGAUUGAUUACUAUGCCGUUUAUCUUCGCUAACGAGAUAUGUGAGAAACUGGCGGUGGUUGGGUUUCACGCAAACAUGAUAAGUUAUCUAACAACACAGCUUCACCUUCCCUUAACCAAAGCAGCCAACACUCUCACUAACUUCUCUGGAACUUCGAGUCUCACUCCUCUUCUCGGUGCCUUUAUCGCCGACUCCUUCGCUGGCCGCUUUUGGACCAUCACUUUCGCUUCAAUUAUCUACCAGAUCGGGAUGACAUUAUUGACUAUAUCAGCAAUAAUACCAACGCUAAGACCACCACCAUGUAAAGGAGAAGAGGUUUGUGUAGUGGCAGACACAGCACAAUUGAGUAUCCUGUACAUAGCUCUUCUUCUUGGAGCUCUCGGGUCUGGUGGGAUCCGCCCAUGUGUUGUUGCUUUUGGUGCGGACCAGUUCGACGAGUCGGAUCCUAAGCAAACCACCAAAACCUGGAACUACUUCAACUGGUACUACUUUUGCAUGGGAGCAGCAAAUUUAGUGGCGGUGACGGUUCUUGUGUACAUCCAAGAUAACGUUGGGUGGGGUCUAGGUUUGGGCAUCCCGACAGUAGCUAUGUUCUUAUCCGUUAUUGCUUUUGUCGGCGGUUUCCGGCUUUACCGUCAUUUAGUUCCUUCGGGUAGUCCGUUUACCCGUUUAGUCCAAGUUGCAGUCUCGGCAUUUCGCAAAAGGAAGCUGAAGAUGGUUUCUGAUCCUACUCUUCUCUAUACCAACGAUGAAAUUGAUGCUCCUUUCUCCUUAGGUGGUAAACUCACCCACACAAACCACAUGAGGUAAUAAUUAUAUUUAUAUUGAUGACUCUUCUUCUUCUCCAGUUUCUAUAUUUCUACUUAUAAAUGCAUCAUCAUCCACUAUUAUAU